UCACUCUAGUAGUCUUAGGGCAGUGCAUUCUCAAGGUUUUAGAAAUUGUUUGGUGAUUUUGUUUGGGUUCUCUCGCCACAACCACCAGGCCCUCGACGGCGUUUCUCCCAAGAUCGCCGGAGCUUCGUCGGCCGCGGAAAGCUAGCGGCCCUGCCCCUAUGCUUUCUUCCUCUCUCUUAUGCUGCUGUCCCUGUUGUUUUGGAAAUAUAUCCCCGUUCAAUCAUGCAACCAGGAAUUUGAUUCAGCUAUAUCAUGACGUUGUUGAUUCAGCUAUAUCAACUCCAGAUUAUGUUGAAAUACUUGAAAGGUCUCAAGUACGAGAGACAGAAGAGAAAGGGAGACAUGUUUAGUGUGAGAAGCAAUUGGGCCUGCUUUUCAAAAUGUUUAUCGAAUCUCCAGCGUAGUAGAAGAUUUUGCAAUUUCACCACGCAAAAGAACAAGCAGCAAUGCUCCCAAAGUGGCACUGAGAGCAGUAAUGGCAAUAACAAUGGCAGGUUGAGUGAUGUAAGAGAUUUGGAAGCUUAUCAUGACUUGGACAACCUUAAUUUUAUGAAGGCUGCUAAGAUUCUCUUCUCAUCCCCUCCUAAGAAGAAGCAAUUUGGCUCUUAUAAGACAUCUCACUAUUUACUUUUCAUGAUCAGGCUCGACUUCCAUCUGGUGCAACUUUUCUUUGCCCUAAUGCCAUCAUUGGCUGUUUAUUUGGUGGCUCAAUAUGCUCGCUAUGAUAUCAAAAAGAUGGAGGCGGAGCUGGAGGUGAAAAAAAAAGCAGAGGAAGCGCAGAAGGCAAAAGAGAUAGAAGCAAAUGAGGAGGAGGAAAAAGCAGCAAAGUCUGCUAAUCCAGAGUUGUUGAAGGUCAAAGAGAGGCUGGAAGCGCUCGAGGAGACUGUGAAGGAGAUCAAGGUGGAAACAAAGUUACGACCGAGUCAGGAAAUUAGUAAGAUUACCGAUCAGAAUCAAGAGAGAGUAAAUCUUAAUGACAGAUCCAAUGAUAGCCAUACUGGCUCAAAAAAUCAACCCACUACUCAAGAGACCACAUCAGGACAAUCAGCAAGGCAACAAGAUAGUGCAGUCAGAGGGUCUCAAGAAGGUUAAAAAGUUUUGAGUUAGAUUCUGAAAAGAGAAGCUGGUUUCUCCAUUAUUGCCCUGCCUUUGAACAGCUCCUCUCCUACGGCGUGCAGAAUUACUUUAAACCAUUUUUUCUUGUUCGAAGUACGAAUUGAUCGGUGUUAACCCUUUCGAUUUUUGUAGUAGUAAGAUAAAAAUGUUAUACCAGGGGUUUUUGAGGGAGUUUGUCACUGAUUCAUACUCGUUACUCUUGUUUUCUUCUCUAGAUAUGCUUUUAUUGAGAAUAUUGGUUUGUAUA